CAGCCCCAGCUUCUGCCUCUGGGAAGAUUUCUCUGUCUGGGUUUCUCAAGCUCAGCACCAUGGACAUUUGGGGCACAUGAGUCUUUGCUGAGGGGCUGCCCAGUGCACUGUGGGGUGUUCAGCAGCAUCCUUGGCCUCUGCCCACUAGAUGCCAGUAGCGCGAUAGCCAGAAGUGUCUCCAGACAUUGUCAAAUGUGCCCUUGGGGGGAAAAACACCCCCAAGAGGGCACUGCUUUGUUUUGGGGCCACCCUGAGAGUUUGUCACUGGGAGGAGCCCUUGGUGCAGGGUUGGGCAGUGCAGGGCUGCCUGUUGGUGCCUGGGAUCACCUCGGGAGAGACAUAGUCCUCAGGACCUGAAGGCUUGAUCCAGGAGAGCGCAAGCAGUUGUGUGUGGCCCGCCUUUCAUUGUGAUUUUGAAGUCAGUUUCUCGAACCUCUAAAGUCAGCCAAACCACAAGACCAGGCUUGGGCUUCUGCAGAGGGCCUUUUGUUCUGAGCACCACACUGAGGCCUCUCCCACCUCCUGCUGCUCAGUUUAACGCUCUUUGCUGGGGUGUAGGUGGGAAACAUCAGUGGUAGUCUGCUGCUCUCCUCCACCCUGGGGUGGUGUCCCUGCCCCCAGCGCACCCACAUGGACGUCUCUGUCACAUCUGCACAGUCUAAAUUCUUGAGGGGUGCAGUGGAAAAUUUAACUGCUUCAGUUCAGCUGACGCAGGUGAUUGUCUAUAGGCAGAAAAGUUUCCCUCGGCAUGCUGACAUGCUUGCCUCGGCAGUCCCUGUCCUCUACUGUGCCACCUCGUGACUAACCACCCCUGUCUCUCAUGAAGACUUCGAUACCAGCCAGCAUUCUCAUAACCCAGUAUUUUGCCACCACCUCCCUAAACCUUCUAAGUGGCCACACAGUCCAUUCCUGCGAGCCAGUGGGACCGAACUUAACCAACUGCUUCACUGCCUAACAACAAGGGCCAUCAGCACUCAGCCUGGACGUGGAGGCCCCCAGCCCAGCCAGCACCAUAGUCCCCCGGUGGGAUACUGCUUACAGCUCUUGGUACUAACUUUUGUCCAACUAUGAAAAUUGCUUUUCUAGCACAGGCCUCCAGGGGCAGCCAGGCCACCGAGUCUGCUGCCUCAGCUGUCGAGCAAUCAGCUUGGAGCACAGGAUUGACACCAAAGCAGGAAGCUCCAGAAGGAGAGUGCCAUGGAGAGGCUGCACCAGGACCAGUACGGGGGCCUCCCAGUGCACUGGGGUCUCUUGACCUUGGUGCAAACAAAGAAGCCGGAGAGAGGCCCGGAGAUGCCCCUUGGUGCCUGGUCACUCGAGAGAAAACUGGAGGGCAGAAUGGCCCCGAGAACGGUGUGCCUGAGUCAGACGUCACUCCGAACACAGGCUCUGUGGCAGAUGGAAGAGGCCCCUGGAAGGGGCGACCCUAUCAGUGCAACACCUGUGACCGGAGCUUCAAGUGCUAUUCGGAUGUGGUCAAACAUCAGAGCAUCCACUCUGGGGAGAAGCCGUUCGAGUGCAGUGACUGUGGCAAAGCCUUCAUCCACAGCUCGCAUGUCGUCAGACACCAGAGGAUCCACAAUGGGGAGAAGCCUUACGUUUGUAAGGAGUGUGGGAAAGCCUUCAGCCAGAGCUUCAACCUUAUUAGACAUCAGAGAAUUCACACAGGAGAAAAACCCUAUGAAUGUACUGAAUGUGGCAAGUCCUUCAGCCAGAGGUCAGAUGCCAUCAAGCAUCAGAGAAUUCACACCGGGGAGAGACUGUAUGAAUGUAGCGAAUGUGGGAAAACCUUUAUCCACAGUUCCAAUGUUGUUCGGCACCAGAGAAUCCACCAUGGAGAGAAUCCCUACGAGUGUAAGGAGUGUGGGAAAGCCUUCAGCCAGAGCUCCAACCUCAUCCAGCACCAGAGGGUGCACACCGGGGAGAGGCCCUACGAGUGCAGUGACUGCGGACGCGCCUUCAGCCGCAGCUCCUUCCUCAGUGAGCACCGCAGGAUCCACACUGGGGAGAGGCCCUAUGAGUGCAGUGACUGCGGCCGCGCCUUUCGGGCCCUGUCAGGCUUCUUCCGGCAUCAGAGGAUCCACACGGGCGAGAAGCCGUUCCGCUGCAUGGAGUGUGGCAAGGCGUUCCGCCUGAGCUUUCAUCUGAUCCAGCACAGGCGGGUGCACGGCACAGAGUGAGCCCGUGCUGGGGUGAAUGCGGGCAGAAGGCAGUGUGAGCAGAUUGAGGGGUGGGCGCAGAGGCAGAGGUCUGUAUUCGUGCCGUGUGUGGUAUAGAAAAUAAUAAAACCGUCUAGGUGGUUUAAAUUCUUGCCUCUGUGAAAGCCUUGAGUCAGUCUGCCCUUGCUCAGGAGCAGUCAGAAGAGAAAGGAGUCUCAGGAGAGACAAGUGUUACGGGUGGGAAGAGCAGAGCAGGUUUUCCCAAAGGAAAGGAGGAGAUUUGAGGUCCAGUCCUGGGCCUGGGUGCCUGCUGCUUACAUGUCACCUCAGGCAGCAUCUCGCACCCCCGUCACCUGCAGAGCCUUGCCUGAACCACCCUCACCUUCCACAUGCAGUCAGCUGCAGUGAAACUUGUUUCCACGGCACUUGGUGGUGGUUUUCCCUAGGUAUCAUUUACAUAUGGUGAAGUGCAAGAUCUGAAAUGUUCAGUCAUGAGUUGUGACAAACAACCUGUUUUGACCUUUAGAACCACCGUGCUAGCCAGACACAGACUAUUUCCAUCACCGUAGAGAGUCCUGUCACUCUCCCAUCCCCAGAGGCAACCACUGCUGUUCAUAUUUGUAAUUGAGUAGCUUUCUCAGCCUGCUUACUGCCUGGAGAAAUACAGGAACCCAAAGGCCUCUUUUCAUUUUGAACUCAGUCCCUUUUCAUUCAAACUGAUACAACUCCCUUAAAAGUCUUGUGGAUUUUCU